UGUGGAGGACACUGAUGAGAUAUUACACAGGGCACGUUAUGCCCGCUCUUCGCUCCACCUAGUGAUACAUGCACGGGUUCAGACCAUGGAGAAGGGGCGGGGACAUCGGGACGUGCUCAGUAGUGCGCCGUGCGUCGUUAGCGAAGCGGGAGAUAGUGUCCCUGUAGUGGCCAUCGGCUUAUCGUGGAAUUGCAGCUUCCGUUUAUCGCUGAGGGAAAGCCCCCCUCGUAGCAGCCCACCGCCCAGACGCGCUGCGAGGACGCGCACUGCCACACUUGCCCUCGUUCUAUUCGGUGGACGCACUGAGGAAUAAAACGGUUACUGCACAGUUCCUCCCGGCAAGCAGUGAAGUUAACGUCGGUCGCCUGCUCAUUUUAUGUCGUCGUUAUUGAUGACAAUAGUUUAGACUGCUAACAGAUGAAAAACGCACGCAAAAUAGUGUCUGAAAGAGAUCAUGCACCAGAAUAGUUCAGUUAAAUUGCUCUGGCUGAGCCUUUGAAGCAGCAUCAAGCCGCAGUGUAAGGGUGACUGAGUAAUCCUGUCAGCUGCCUGUGGUCCCUGCAGCGCACUGCACAGGGCUGUGCUGUAGCAGCGAGCUCAGGCCAGGAGGGGUCUGACAUGGCAGCCGGCUGAGCCCAGGUUUGGGAAGAUCAGUGUCCAGCAGAAGGAUAGCUGUUGCCACCUUGGACGUCCUCAGUCCUGCUUCCAAGGGGCCUCUUUCUUUAGGGUGCCAACAAGGAAUUUAUCCGAGGCUGAUCAGCCGGGCAGCAGCAGAAAUGGCGGCUCCACCUUGAGGCCCAGCGGAGGAAGUGUCAUCGUUCCAUUCUCUUGGGAGAGAAGACAGCCGGUGCCGCACUGAGAGGAGAGAGAUAGUGAGGUCCAAAUAUUUCAGGGAGAGCCUUGGCCUCAAACCAGCAAGCUCUGAGUGUGUAACUUCAGGAAGGUGUCCCUAGGAGGGAAACCUGACUCCAGAAACCUGGGAAGUACUUGUUGAGGUACUGUCUUUGUGCCGGUAGCAAGCCCAGUGUCCUACAGAACCACAUCCGCUCACACACUGGGCAGAGUCCCUGUCCCUGCGGGCCGCACCACACGCCCCGUACCCGCCGAGCUCCGUCUGGUGAGGAACACAGUCUGAGUGGUUCUGAAGGUUGCCGACCAGCAGAGGAGCGGGCGAAGCAGCCGGAGGCAAAAGCAUGAGCUCAGAGGGUGAAUCUGGGCAGCGUGGGAGCACCUCCUCAUCCACAGAGGAGCACGGACGGAUUGCCUCGCAAGAGAGCAGCACCACACCAUUAUCUUCUGUUAAGGAGGCCCAGGGAAUAAAAGAUUUUCUGCCAGCAGAGGGCGCCCAUGCAGUCAAGCAGCGGCUGGCCCUGCGACUGAGUGAGAGGAGGCAUGCUCCCCUAGGGUCCUACGAGGAGGCCCCUGCCUCCCUGGACCUCUGGAGCAGGGGCAGCACCGAGUCCGGCUAUUUCUCCCGCUCUGACAGCGGCGAGUGGUCCCAGGCAAGCCCCCCAAACACAGAGGCCAAAAGUUACGCUGAAAUUAUACUCGGCAAAUUUGGACGGUUAGAUCAGUGGCACAGGAACCAACAGCAGCAGUGUGCAGGGUCUGCAGAGCCAGGCGAGAGACGGAGAAGCGUCCCGAUAAACGUGCCGGCCAAUCAGGUCAUUGAACACAUCACCAAGCUCAUCACCAUCAAUGAAGCUUUGAUUGACACCAGAGAAAUUGACAGUGUGAAACCUAGACGAUCUUCUCUGUCCAGGAAGAGCAGCAUAGAAGUGCCCAAGAUCUCAGCUCCCAAAGCACCUGCUUCCAAUAGCAGCGGCUCAGUUGAUGUUGGAUUGUCCAGGGACCCCCUACAUCCGCGCUUUCUGAGGGUGGGCUUGCUCGCCACUCGCCUGUACACAGCCCCCCUGCUUAGGAGCCACUCCCUACCAUCGCCGGCUGGUGACGCGGACUCUGCCACCCGUAGAUUCCGCUUCAGCCACUCCUUCGAUGAAUGGCAGGCCUCACCGGCCGGGAAGCGACUGGGCCGGCAUCACGGCACACUGAGACGUCAGCCUGCCCUGGAGGUACCUGCUGAGACAGAGCCCAUUCUCCAUGAGGUGCCUCAUCGGUCCAGUGUCACCACGGUGAUGCCUGGUCCUUGGCAGCACCAGUACAUCAACACGCCCGGCGGCCAGCAAAAGGAAAGCAAGAGCUACAUCUCUCAUUGCCGAGGGCAAGAAGUCUUAAGGGCUGAUGGAUCCAGUUUCCCCACUGGAUAUCUGGCGGAAGAGCUGAACAACAUUUCCAGAAAGGAAGUAUUGAUCCAGAGGUUGCACAAGAGGCAGAAAGCGGGAAGCCAGGAGCGUGAGAUGGAUCCUUCCAAGGUGCCUGAGAUAGCUGCUCCUUUUCCCCCUACGUCUACAUGCACAGGCAGACAGAGGAACAGUGCCAUAGGGGAAAUGUGGGACAGGGCAGAAGAGGCGUCACAGUCAGGUUUAGAUGGGACAAACACCGGAAAGGGUAUCUCCGUGAUUCAGCACACCAGCAGUUUUGAGAAAAAGGAAAAGGUGUUUUCUGCUUUCUCCUUCAACAAGGACCAUCACCCACCGCAAAGAGAGCUGCCAAAGUCACACUCCCACGCCCGUCUGCUUCGCCAGCCCAGCGUUCAGGUGCCCGAGCUUUCGUUUACAGAGGAGCCAGGCAGCAGUAUCGCAAAGCCCUCCAACAUGGACACAGUGUUCCAGUGGCCAAAGCGCAGCUCAACCUUGGCCCAACUCCCAACAGAAAAACUGCCCCCCAAGAAAAAGUGCUUACGCCUGGCUGAGGCGGCUCGAGCCUCGAGGGGUCUCUGUGCGGGUUCGCUGCCGUGUAACUCUGCUGUGAAGAGCAGCACAUCCCUCCUCCGCAUCUCCGCAUCUAAUGACAAAAUACCUCAAGCCAGUCCUGAAGUGGCGCCUGCAGCAGCUCCUGAGGGUGUUCAGGUGAGCCGCACAAUGACAGCACUUUCGCAUCCUCAGCACCAGCGGAUGCUGCCCAACUAUUCAGCCCAAGCCAGAGAUCCCUGCUGCCCCCCCGCAUGGAACAAAGGACAGAGGUGUCAGCCCACGAGAGACCCCAUCUGUGGAGCAUCUGGCCAGAACAAACCUUCAUGCCAGACAAGUGGAGAGGAGCUUCUGCAGGUCUGCCCCAGUAACCCAGACCCAGCUGUGCUUCAUGCUAAUUUCAGCCCAAGUCCAGCAUCUGAUUUUAACCACAAAACAGCAAAAAAUUCUAGCGAAUCAAGCCUGGCUUCUCCUCCUCCUGAGCCUGUUACGGACGUGAGAGCUGCCUGGUCCCCCUACGGGGUGAAUUCAGACCCCGUGGAGUUCUCUCCGUGCCCAGUGCCUCCUCUUUCCUGCAGUCAGUCAGCUGUCUGCCUCCUUACUAAGCCUGCCCUUCCCUCGCCCUCAUUAAGGAGCAGGUCCAAUUCUGCCACCAUGCAGCCGGGGCUGCAAACGGAAUCCAAACCAUCCCCAUCUCUCUCGCAGAGCCAGAUCCCCGUGGUCCAUCAGGACCCCGACCGUUUGCCUGAUCCCUCUCCCUCUGAGCUUCUGAGGCCCGUUACUGCACUGGAGGUGCCGGUUCGCACUCAGACCCCUGUAGCCAAAUACGGAAGCGCUGUGUACACUACACAGUCACAGAUCUCUGCGCUGAAACAGAAGGAUCUGCUCUGCUCUGCUGUAACCAAAAGGAAGCUGGAAGAUGACUGUCAAAAGCCAGACAUAGUGAUCGCCGCCUCUGACAUUCAGGGGCACCGGGGCUUAUUGCUGCCCCUGACACCAGGUCCUAUGGAGACAGAGAAGGCACAGGGAAGUGCCCUCUCGCCACUGAGCGUCCUGGAGCUCAGCCCUGACACAGAGCACCGGCAGAAGCGCGCAAAGAGGGAAGAGGAGACUAAUUAUAGUGACAGGGAUGGUAGCAGGUGUCUCGGAGGAACAGGAACUGACAAGCAUAGUUUGCUCACAAACCCACCUCUGAUGUCUGAAGAGAAAGAGGAAGAUGAUGCAGCAGCAGAGGAAGUGGAUUCCAGUGACAGCAGGAAGGGUGAUUCGGUGAUGGGACAGACGCAGGGAGACAACAGCCAAAGAAAGCCGCUGGAAGCCCUGAACUCUGAGGCGUACCCCUGCCUGCACACCGCCACCUCGGUAAGCUGGUGCUUCCUCUGCCCGUCCCCCCAGAGCGACACACAGCCCCCAGGCAGCUCCUCCCAGCCCAGCUCUUUGCCCAGCCUGAACUCACUCGGUCUCUCCACCAGACUGGCCCUUUCCCUCCUUCAGUCCAAGCAGAAGCACAGGCCUGCACUCUACACCACUGCCAGCACGCCGCAGCCCACAGCCUCUGAGCUGCUUCCUGCCGGGAAACCGCAAAUGUCCCAUGGAGAUAUGCGGCAGGGCAGUGCUGAUGAACGUACCCAGGCAGAGGCUGCCACACCUAGUGCACCAGCAGCAUCCAGGGAACCCACUCCCACUGCGGAGUAGCAAGAGAGGAGUGACCAUCCAGGAUGAGGCAGGAUCCAGCUCCAGGCGACGCCGUUGCAGAGAGAGGCACAUCACGAGGUUCUGGGCUUGGAAGUCUCUUUGGGAACAUCGAGAAGGUGAUGGGAGCAACCUGGAGCUGGGGACGCGGGCGCCAGCAUUCUGUGUCAGUCAGCUGCAUUAUGGAAGAUGACAAAGCAUCUUUUCUCACUGUAAUAUCUUCUCAUUUCAUUUUGUUUUACUAAAAAACCUCUGGGUGUUUCUGCGUGGUAUCACAAGGUUCUGUGCCUGCAGCUUCUGGCUGAAUGUGUGACAGGUGUGUGUGUGUGUAUGGUCCAGGUAUACAUUACAUUGUGGGGACAUUUGUUCCCCACAAUGUGAUUAAAAACCUGUUAUUUUGAUGUUGCGGGGGACAUUUUUUUGGUUACUACAAAGAGAAAUUCAAAAUCUGCGACUGCAAUCAAAAACGUAAAAAACCUAUUUUGUUUUUAUUACUUAUGGUUAAGGUUAGGCUUGGGUAGGGGGUAAGGUUGUCAUUGUUGGAAGAAAUUAAUGGACGGUCCCCACAAAGAUACAGUAUAAGUACAGGUCUGUCUGUGUGUGUGUGUGUGUGUGUGUGUGUGUGUGUGUGUGUGUGUGUGUGUGUGUGUGUGCAUGUGUGUGUGUGUGUGUAUACAUGUGCGCACAUACUCCUGCCUAGCGACUGCACAGAGCAAUGGCCAUCUUGUCUAUUUGUAUUGUAUUUUUGUAGUAAUGGUGGAAAAGUUUUUAGGUAGACUGACUGCUUGCAUUACUCCUUCCAUCCAGGAGAGGGCAGCAGGUCACACACAUGCUGGGGGACCGAUUGCCUGCAUUGUUCUUUCACCAUGGCGAAAAACGGGAGUUUGUAUACAGGGAGGCUUUUGAACCAGGAGCAUCUUAAUUUCACAGGAAGGUCUCUAAAGGAACAUGAUGGUGAUGAUGAUGAAGAUGGGGAAUAACUGAUCAUACAGUCUGCUCCAACAAUAAAUAUAUUUUGUGGGAGGACCCCCACUCCUUGGAUGAAACCCGAGAGUGUGGGGGGAGGGG